CAUCCUCUAGAGGAGGGAGUCAAUCUGUGCAGCAUCAUCGCCCGGAUCGUCAUCCUGUGUACACACACCGCUUCCGGCUUCUCUGGCCGCUGAUGCCGGCUGAGGAGAGAUUGAAGAACCAGAAGCAGUCAGCAGUAGAGAAACCAUCACCAUGCACUUCAGUUAAUUGAAUCGGAUGCAAAAUGAACUAGUCGGUGUGCCUACAGACUGUCCUAAUAUUUUUAUUCGCCAGCAUAUCUCUGGACUGGACCAUGGAGCCUUCAAGCGCACAGAACUGUAUUUUAAAGAGACAAGUUUUUUAUUUGAUUGUCCUAUCUCUAGCUGUGCUUGUCUACAUGGAUGAAGACUACUAUAGUUUACUUAGUGUAUCCAGAGCAUCUAGUACUAGAGAAAUUCGACAGGCUUUUAAGAAGCUGGCACUGAAAUUGCAUCCCGACAAGAAUAAGAAUGAUCCUGAUGCACAUGACAAAUUUUUAAAAAUAAAUCGGGCAUAUGAAGUUUUAAAAGAUGACGAUCUCAGAAAAAAAUAUGAUAAAUAUGGAGAAAAGGGUUUGGAAGAUCAACAGCAGCAGGGAGGCCGCUAUGAGAGUUGGCACUAUUACCGAUAUGACUUUGGUAUUUAUGAUGAUGACCCUGAAGUCAUUACCUUGGAUAGAGGAGAAUUUGAUGGGGCCAUAAACUCCGGAGAACUGUGGUUCAUUAAUUUCUAUUCGCCUCGCUGCUCCCAUUGCCAUGAUCUUGCUCCUACAUGGAGAGAGUUUGCCAAAGAGAUGGACGGUCUUAUUCGCGUUGGAGCAGUGAAUUGUGGAGAUGACCGCAUGCUUUGCAGAAGCCGAGGAAUUAAUAGUUAUCCAAGCCUCUACAUAUUUAAAGCUGGAAUAUCUCCGGUAAAAUACUUUGGUGAUCGAGUAACGAAUAAUUUGGUUAAUUUUGCAAUGAAUUACGUGACAAGUUCUGUGACAGAGCUGUGGGCAGGAAACUUCAGAAGCUCAAUUGAAAACUCGUUUGCCUCAGGUGUUGGUUGGCUCAUUACGUUCUGUGCUGACAGUGAAGAUUGCCUAUCUUCACAAACACGUCUUAAGCUUGCAGGAAUGCUUGAUGGACUGGUCAGUGUGGGAUGGAUGGAUUGUUCUAUUCAAGCCGAUCUCUGUGAAAAUUUAGAAAUCUCUUCUAGCACUACAGCUUAUUUUCCUCCCGGAGUCGCUCUAGCAAACAAACAUAAAGACGUUUUGUUUUUCAGUUCAUUAGAUGCAAAAGAUAUCUACAUGGAGAUGAUGGAACACCUUCCUGACCUAGAAAUGCUUUCUCCAGAUUCUUUAAAGGACAGGUUAAUCUAUCACCGUUGGCUUGUGUUCUUUAGCUAUGGAAUAGAUGAACAGUUCUACCAGCCCGAGUUUAAAAAGCUGCCCAAUUUACUGCGUGGUGACGAUGUUCAGGUGGGGCGAUUUGACUGCCAGUCCAGCCCAUCAACCUGCAAGUCUUUUUAUAUUAAAAAACCUUCUGUAAUAGCGUUUAAAGGGAAAGGCAUUGAUUACUAUGAAAUCCACCAUGGUAAAGUAAACCUUUAUGAUUUAGUUGCCUUCACGAAGGAGAGUGUAAAUUCUCACGUCGUUACUCUCGGACCUGAAAACUUUCCUGAGAAUGACAGCCAGCCAUGGUUGGUGGACUUCUUUGCACCUUGGUGUCCCCCUUGCAAAGCUUUACUGCCAGAAUUGAGAAAAGCCUCCAAAAGAGUGUUUUCCCAUGUCAGAUUUGGGACACUGGACUGUACAAUCCAUGAAGGCCUGUGUAAUAUGCAUAACAUUAGAGCAUAUCCUACCACUGUAAUUUUCAACCAAUCCAAUAUUCAUGAGUAUGGAGGACAUCAUACUGCAGAGGAGAUCUUGGAAUUCAUUGAGGAUCUCCGUCAUCCUUCAGUAGUUACACUCACACAGGCAAAUUUUAAAGAACUGGUAAAAGAACGAAGUCGAGAUGAAAUCUGGGUGGUGGAUUAUUACGCUCCUUGGUGUGGACCAUGUCAAGCGCUGAUGCCGGAAUGGAAACGUAUGGCAAGGCAUGUAAGUGGUUUGAUAAAUGUUGGAAGUGUUGACUGUCAGAAAUACAGCUCUCUCUGCAGCAAGGAAUAUGUAAACUCCUACCCUGAGAUCAGGCUUUAUCCAGCAAAUCGGGACAAUCCUAAUUAUUAUAUUGCGUACAGUGGCUGGCAGAGAGACGCAUACUCCCUGAAGACCUGGGCACUUUCAUAUCUGCCUCAAUUGACUGCUUCUCUUACACCCGAAACCAUUGAUGAGAAGGUGUUGAGUGGAAAAGAUCACUGGCUCAUAGAUUUCUAUGCUCCUUGGUGUGGUCCAUGUCGAAGCUUUGCUCCAGAAUUUGAAGUUGUGGCGAGGCACCUUAAAGGGAAAGUAAAGACUGGAAAAGUGGACUGUGAAGCGUUUGGACAUAUCUGUCAAAGGGCUGGCAUCAGAGGCUAUCCUACUGUGAAAUUCUAUCCCUAUGAGGGGUCUAAAAGGAGAAAUAUUGAAGGUGAGCUUGUUAACUCAAGAGAUGCCAACGACAUAGUGAAGAUGGUAACAGCAAGAGUAGGAUUUAUUACUAGUCAAUUAAAGGCACAUCAGAAGGAUGAAUUGUGAUGUGUACCAGCAAAUCAUCAGCGAUUUACUUUUUUACAAAUUGUUCAGCUACUCUUAAAGACUCUGAAAAGAAACACAAUACACAGCGGAUAAGAAACAAUGGACUGCAUAUCAAAAGUAUUCAGAUCACCCAUGGACUUUGAAGACUAUUUUUCCUUUUCUCCUAAAGUGUGUUUUUGUUUACUACUGGCAUUUUUAUCUAGAUCUCAAAUUUUACACUGGUUCAGUGCUUCUAAAAUAUCCCAUUGAAGUAGAAGCUGUUGUUAUUAUAGAAAAGUGCCAACAAUAGAACAGCCUGGAAUAGAAUUGUACAUUAUGUGAAACAAUUCAUUUUGACUGAGUGCAUCUGCACGCAUUUUGCUACAAUCCACUACAGUGAAGAAAGCAAAAUUACUUACUACAAUAAAAAAACUAUUUUUAUAUGUA